AUGUUCCUGAAUAAGUGCGAGGGGGACCUGGGCGAGCUGCGGAAGCCGGGGGACGGUGAGGGCACCCCGCCGGCCGCUGCCGAGGAGGAGCAGCCCAAGAAGAAACACCGGAGGAACCGCACCACCUUCACCACCUACCAGCUGCACGAGCUGGAGCGCGCCUUCGAGAAGUCCCACUACCCCGACGUCUACAGCCGCGAGGAGCUGGCCAUGAAGGUCAACCUCCCCGAGGUCCGCGUGCAGGUCUGGUUCCAGAAC